AGGGGAGGCGUUGGCAACCCUGGGCGACGUUCAACGUCGCGGCGCUGCUAUCCUUAUGAUGUCUGCUGUUCGAUUUUUCGACGAAAGCCGUCACUUUAGGCCUUCACAACAAAAUAUAGAUAAUAUAGAAAACAUGUUACUUUGAAAGAAGCAUAAAAUGGUCGGAAUGGCGAAUAUGGAUGAUCACGAAAGGAAAAUAGUUGUGGAAUUUUGCCAUUUAUUGGAAAAAUCAAAACAACUGUUUAAUGGGUUACGGGAUUUACCACAAUAUGGUCACAAACAAUGGCAAGCAUAUUUUGGGAGAACCUUUGACAUAUACACAAAACUAUGGAAAUUUCAACAGCAGCACCGUCAAAUUUUAGAUACAAAAUAUGGAUUGAAGAGGUGGCAGAUAGGCGAAAUAGCAUCUAAAAUUGGACAACUAUAUUAUCAUUAUUAUUUAAGAACUAGCGAAACGAACUAUUUAAAUGAAGCGUAUUCUUUUUAUUCGGCGAUCAGAGGACGUGCAUAUUAUUCUAGGGCGGCUAAAGAAGAUAGAUCCGAAUUAAUGGUUAAAAAAUUAAGAUAUUAUGCUCGAUUUAUAGUGGUAUGUCUUCUAUUACGUCGAAUGAAACUAGUACGGGAGUUAAUAGGAGAAUUAGAUAGACAUAUCGCAGAUUAUACAAGUACUUAUGAACCUGACGACCAAAUCGAAUGGAGUCUAGUUCUAGAUGAAAUUAAAGGUUUCAUCACGUCCGAUUCUCUAGUAUCUGUGCUACAUCCAGAUACGAAUCCUAUUGUUCUAUCUCACAGAUUAAGUCCGCUCACUACACCGCCAGUAGAGAAAUCACAGUAUAUGAAUUUAACAUUGCAAGAAAUUUUAAUAGUAGGUAGCGCUUCCGAACAAGUAAAAUUUUCGGAACUUACAAUGGAUAUGUUUAGAAUGGUACAAACAUUAGAAAGGGAGCCUCAAGAAGAUUAUAAUCAUAUUUAUGAUGCUUCACCUGCUCCAGUACGAGUUCCUUAUGGAGUUCCGGGACAAAAAGGCUACAUAGAAAACGGCGAUAGGCCAGGAAAAAGAGAGAAUCCUCACAAAUAUCUUUUGUACAAACCUACACUAAGUCAAGUUCUUGUGUUUUUGGCGAGCGGUUUUAAGGAACUACCAGUUAAUGGUGCUUUACUAUUAUACUUAUCAGCCGAUGGUUGUUUUUCAACAACAAAACAUCCAGAAGACAUGGGUUACGAUCUUGGUGGUGUUUUAACUAGUAGCAAAAGAGACGGAGAACAUAAAAAACAAAAAGAAGCUCACUGCCUGUAUCCUGGUGAUUUGUAUCCAUUCACGAGGAGACCUUUAUUUGUUAUCGUCGAUUCUGAUAAUAGUUUCGUUUUCCAACAUAUUCCACGAUAUUUUGGACAACCCUUAGUAACGCUUAUGUCGCCACAGGAUACACCACCAGCGUUUCAAGAUCAACAGCACAAUGGUUCAUUAUUUACAUUGUUCCUACAUUCGCCACUAACAGCCUUUUGUUAUUGCUGCAACCUUACUAGUAUUCCCAUUCAUCAUUGGGAACGGUGUCAAAGUUUUGUUGACCGGUUUGUUACCGAAGCGUCUAGGUUGUUUACUAGAUCGAGAGUUGAAGCUUCAUAUUUACAAUUUUUUGGAGAUGACUUUUUGCGACUGCUACUUCUUCGUUACGUAUUUUGCGACAUUGUCCUUCAUUUGCACCGAGCUUUCAGAGGUCGUCAGUACCGACCACGUUGCCAGCCUCCCUUGCCUGAAGCAGAAUUAUUAGAACAUCCUUCAUUGCAACAUUUGGUUUUGGACUUAGCAGCACAUCUAGAAGUGCGCACUCACUUCAUGGAAAGCCACGAGAUCGAAUGAUCUAGGAUUUCCUCCUCAUGGUCAUGCGUGGGGUUUAGCUGGGGCAAAUAUACCCAUGAGGAUGGAAAUCAACAUCGUUUAAAAAAUAUAUUCACUAUGACAGCCUUCGCCACAGUGUUUCUGCAGCUUAUAAAUGCACAACUUUUGUGUAAUAGUAUGGAAGCUUUACAGUUUUUUUGGACACUUUACAUAUUAAUUGUAAUCAGUGGUAAUAUUUACCCAGUAUUAAGUAUGAAUGAGCGCGAUCGUAAGUCGUAUUUUUGGACAGCUUUAGUAAAAUUAAGUACGGUGAUAUUAUAAUAUGGCUCAAUGCAGAGCACAUCGUCUUUCAAAAUCCGUUCCCUUGUCGAUUUAUCGUUAAAAUCUCGACUUUGGACCUUAACGUAUUUUAACAUUGCCAUUUCUCUAACCAUCCUGUUAAUAAAUACAAUUCUUUUUUGAAAUAAAUUAAAUUUGUUAUUCACUGUUAACAUGCUUUGAAUUACCUGCUGUAAAACAACGACAUUUUAAAAACAAUUACAUUUUAACCAUUGCUUCUUUAUACGUAUAUGACAUCCAACGUGUUUGUGGAAUAACAUUUUUAAUAUGUAUAAUUAUCUAAGACCAACAGUGAUGAAUACGCCUUUCAUGACGUAAAACUAAGUUCAAAAUCUAUUAAAGUUUUUAAAUGCAUGACUAGAUUAGGGCAUAUUAUUGCGAAUCUUAGGCACAAUCUUAUAUAUAACUACUUCAGAAAUUACAUUUUAAUUAAAUUAGGUCAAUUUUUUAUUAUAAUAUGCAUAAUAUGUUAUUUAGAUAGCUCAUUUUAAAAUAUAUACGAGAACAGUUGGUUUUGGCAAUGUGAAUAAGAGGGAUGCUCUUUAAAUCAUAGUUUAAUAUACCUUGUUAUUGUUGAGAUAAUUGUAUGACUUAAGCGCACAAAUAAAUCAUUUAAACAUAUUUGUUCAGCAAAGGUUGUGAAAAUUUACAAAACUUUUUCUAACUAUAAACAUUUUAUUUUAUUUGUUUUUAAAUAAAUAAUGUAAAUAAUAAAAUUUAUUAAUAAGUACAAGCAAUCGUAAAUGCUCCAAAAUGGAUAUUAGCUAUUGCUGUAAAUAAUUAUAAUUCGG